CAUGCACGUGGUACGAUCAGUAAACAACUGAAGCAAAAUGUCGCUUCGCGCGAACCAAAAUCAGCUAAUAUUUUGUAGGCUACCUAAAGGGGAAAAAGCGAAAAAACGAUGACAGAAUUCUGUACAUUGCAUUUGCCCAAAAGUACUAAAGUAAAACCUGAAUUGUGAAAGAGAAGUGGUAUAAAUAACAUAGAAAUGACAACCAAGCUAGACCUAGGCCUGAAGACUUCGAAUCAAAAGCUUGGUGCGAUUGAAUGGUUACAGGCGAGGCAGAGAGGGCUUGCUGUGUCCACUUCUAUAGAAUCGAGCUCAGAUGAUGGGACUGGGCCUAGGCCUAAGCACAGACUGACUACGGGAUUAUGCAAUGAUCGGGGUAGAAUACUGGACAAUAUUCUAAGAAAACUAUAUAGAAAUUUGUCUGCUGGUCCAAUCAAGGAUACGUCGUUCCAAAGUGGAUUUGGGUCAAUUUACAACUUGGAAUUUUCACCAGAUGGGAGAAUGGUGGUAGCAGCAUGUGAAAGGAGGGCUAUGGCAUUGUUUGAUCCACUGACUUCAAGAACUAUUUGCAGCGUUCAAAAUGCACACACAGACUGUGUUAACUGCAUCACAUUUUUUGAUAGCCGAACUUUUGCCAGUGGUUCUGAUGACAACACUAUUGCAUUAUGGGACAUACGUAACCUGAAGUCCAAAGUACGUUCAUUCCAAGGUCACACUAAUUGGGUGAAGAGUAUUGAAUACUGCCCUGCUAGUCAACUCAUGAUUUCAUCAGCUUUUGAUGACAAUGUAUUGUUAUGGGAUAUUAACAAGUAUGAUGCACAGACUAAUGAGCCACUGUACGAUUCCUUAUUAAACCUGGCCACAUUAAUGAGAAUGAGAAUCACUCCUGAUGGUACCAAAAUGAUCCUAUCAUCUUCAUCCAGCAUGUACGUGAUCAUCCACGAUCUUAAUCUUGCGCACUUGGCAGAUGACAUGGAAGGGAUCAACAAUUACAUCCAUGCAGACGCAACUGAGGGCAGGCAACACGCUCACAUUUUUUAUCGGAAACGCAACCGGGUUGAGAUUGUUAAUGACUUUCCAAACAGUUCCCCAGGGGAGGAGUUCAGUAUUUCGUCUUUGGUGAUUCAUCCCCAAGGAUGGUGCAUGAUAUCACGGUUAAGCACAGACAACGAUAAUGUAGAGUACACAUGCGUCCAUGAUAUUCAAGAAAACUGUGCUACAAUAACUUUGUGUGAAGAAGGCCGUGAAUUCUUCCAAUACCAUGGAUAUAACAAUCCUUUAAAGCAUGAACGAUUACUCUACCAUAUAAAUGAGCCAAGUGAUGGCAAAGGUUACAUAAAGGAACUAAGCAUGAGCCCUGAAGGGCAUCUUAUUUGCUCUUCAUUUGGCUACGGAGUACGCCUCUUGGCCUUUGACACCGGAAUCAGUGAACUUUGUGACCUGCAGCCUUCCAGCCCGGAUAUACUGCACGAGGUUAAAUCAAUAUUUAGUCACCGUCAAACGGUGUUAACAUCUGCAUUUUCGCCAAAUCAGUGUCUGCUUGUCAGCGGUUGCCUAAAUGGCCGCGUUGUAUUCUACCAUCCAACAUUAUAAUGUUGGUUGAAAAAUUUCUAAACAAUGAAUUCAACAUCAUGUGCAAUAAAUACAUUGAGUGUUUUUAAGCUUGUUUGCACAAUCUUAUCAUCAUCAACAUGUUUUUGAGGUCUUUUGCACAAUUUUAUAUAUAUAAUUUUAAAAAGAAAUAACAAGUUAUUGAGAAAUCUUUGUUACUACAGUACAGUAUUUAGGAAUUUAUAAAAAGCUUGAAUGCACAUUAUUUAUCUAAGACCAUGAUACUUAUUACAACAAAUUACUGUAUAUUACUUAUAAAAAUGUGUUUAAAUCAUGGCAUUGAAGGCUUGUAUUUUCAAAUAAACCUAUUACAUCCAGGCAGCUUUUAGACUUAACAUUGUAUUAUUAAAAUUAGGAGCUACCUAGGAGGAUGACCAAAUUAUCUUUUAUGCCAUCAUGGCAGCUUUUUGGGGUUAAUGUUCAAAAACAUUAAACAAGGAACCACGUGGGAGAAUGACAAUCGAGCAGAUCAUCCUCUCAGGUAGGUUCUGUUCAUUAAAGUAGUGGUUAGUAAUACAGGUAAUUGAAUGGAAAAUGAACGUACACAUUCAUACUUACUGUACAAUUACACUACAUACCUACAUGUCAAGAAAAAUCACUUUUUACCUCUAAAUAGCUGUGGGGUUCAAGCUUUUGGGUCUUUGACUUAAACCCUCACCGCAGUGAUGGUGCCAAGAUCUGCUCAACUGAGUGGCUUGAGGCCCUGACAGGGGAGCUAUAUGAGCAUUUAGCUUAGGGCUGGCAAGGGCAUCUGGGGAGUAUCCCCAUACUGCAGUUUGGGUGCUGGCUUGGAUUUUCUUUUUUUUUCAGUUACAUCUGCUCACUUGUUCUCCGCAUAGAGACUCUCGUAUUUUGCGCAAUAUAAAUGAAUAAACUUUAACCUUUUAACUGCCUGGAAGUUACAGAUGU